AUGGCAACUGAUUCAAAUAUACUUUUAGUUGGGCAAGUCUAUUUGGACACAAUACUAACCGUUGACAAUUUUCCAGAAGAAGAUUCCAAGCUGAGAGCUACUGAUGUACAGCAGAGAAGAGGAGGCAAUUGCUUAAACACGGCUGAAGUCUUGUGUCAGUUUCCAAAGACAAAUACCUUUCUUAUGUCAGCUCUAGGACCAAAGGAUACAUGCGAUACAUUGUUAUCACAACUAGAAGCAAAAGGCAUAACGACUUCAGCUUGCUUGUUUCGCAAAGAACCAACCCCCUCAAGCUAUAUCAUACAAUCAAAACAGACAGGCACACGCACAAUCAUUUCUGCAAAUACUAUUCAAGAUAUCACAAAGGACGAGUUUAUUCAAAAGAUAGAAACCAUCAAGGCACGUUUUAGCUGGAUUCAUUUUGAAGGAAGAAAUGUUGAAGAAGCUGCAGCUCAGAUCGACUGGCUAGAGUCAAUAUCAAGUCAUGAAGGCUGGAGAUCUCGUUUGACGAUUUCUGUAGAAUUAGAAAAACCAGAUAGACCAUAUAUAGACAUGCUUUUAUCAAGGGGGGAUGUCGUGUUUUUUUCAAAGCUGUAUGCAGAGAAAAGAGGAUAUGAUGAUCCUUCUUGUUUCCUAAGAGACUAUCAAACAAGAUGUAAAUCGAGUGCCAUCUUGUUUUGUACGUGGGGAGCGAAAGGUGCUACCUGUUUACAUCAUCAAAACAUAUUUCAUUCGCCAGCACUGCCGAUUGAGCAAGUAGUAGACACAAUAGGAGCAGGAGAUACAUUCAUAGCGGGUAUUAUUUGUUACUUAAACCAAGGCUAUGAACUAGAUGUAGCCCUACAAUGUGCGUGUCACUUAGCAAGCAAAAAAGUAUCGCAGUAUGGUUUUGAAAGGCUAGCAUAA